UAUUGGUCCAUAUGAAAGCGAAUUUCGUUGUGUGAUGACCUAAGGAAUUUAGUGUUUUUCUCUUCUCGAUUCUGAAACAUUGCCCUACUAAUAAGGCGCGUAUAUUAAUCUCGUAAAUGGUCGUUACACGUUUUAAAGAUUUUCCCCAUGUACGUCCUUUGGUAACUACAGCAGUCGUUUUAUGGAUUUGCGUAAUUAUCUAUUUGAGUUCCAGUUUCUUCAAUUUGGAAAGUAGUGAUCAGCAAAGUUUAGCUUGUCAAAAUUUACUGGAUGUAAUUACUGGUUUAAAAUCGCAAGUCGAUAUCGGGUCGGCAAAUUUAAGAAUAUUUCUUACGUCGUACAAUGCUAAAAACAAAAAAGAAAAUACUAUUGUAAAAAGAGUUGGGAUACAUGGUAUGUCAUAUGAAAUCUUACGUCGUCGUGCUUUGCAGUAUGCUCGUGAAGUCAAGUAUAGUCUUGUUCAACUUGAUAAUGUGGGUGUGAAAAUAAAAACUAUUGAAAACUACUCUUUAAUCAAACCGUUAGAAGAAGUGCAAGUCUCACUGGAGCGAUUAAAAAGUCAGUUACAAGAUAUUUCAUUACACUUGCACGUUGAUAUUGAUGGAAUUGGACGAGUUGACGGUGUGUUGGAAUCACGAAUGAAUUAUCUGGAAUAUUUAUCAAAUGAACUUCAAAGUGAAUUAUUCCAAUUGCAGAAUCCCUCAAGUUGUACAAAAGCUAAAUAUGUGGUUGCCUCGUUAAAUAAACCUUGUGCAUUCGGUUGUAAUGCCCAUCAUUUAAUGCAUUGUUUUCAAAUGGCCUAUGCAACUGGGCGUACAUUAAUCUUGAAUCCUACUGAUGGGGAGGAAUACACACACUGGUGGAUAAAAAACUUUUUGCCAUUAUCUCAGAAAUGCAGUAUAAAUGACAUUCAGUCAAAUAUCCAUUCUGAUUUUUUUGAUGGGAAGGCGUUUAAUACCUAUCAAGCAAUUACGUGUCCGCACAUAGAAACAAUAAGCUCUUCAUUUGAUUGGAUCCCUCAAGCUGUUCCCAGUCAUUUGAGCAAAUUACUUGCGCGUUUACAUGGUGCCCCAUUUGUGUGGUUCAUUGGUCAGUUGGGUAAAUUUUUAAUGCGUCCAUCGUUUAACUUCUCUGAAGAAUUUAAAAUAUUCGACGAUCAACAUGAGAAUCCAGUUGUUGGUAUUCAUGUCCGACGUACGGAUAAAAUAAAUACUGAAGCGAGUUUUCAUAGUUUAGAAGAAUAUAUGACUGAAGUUGAGAGCCAUUUUCAAUUCAUAGAUGCCAAACGUCAAAUGAUGUCUAGAACUGAAGAGUGGAGAAAUGACAUCAAAUCGCCGUUUCGUCAUAAUGUAUAUCACCAAUUAAAACCAGUACAACGACGUGUGUAUAUAGCUACAGACGACCCUAGUGUAUUUAAUGAAACUAAAUUAAAGUAUCCCAACUAUAUAUUUUAUGGUAAUCGCGGACGUGCUAAUUCAGCUUCUGUCUUCAGACGAAAAAAUGAAGAUUCUAUUAUGGGUGUGGUAACUGACGUGUUCGCUUUAUCAAGAACGAAUUAUUUAGUUUGCACUUUUUCUUCACAGGUUUGUCGAUUAGCUUACGAAUUGAUGCAGUCUAAUCAUUUAGAAUUAGGUGAUGCAAGUCAACAAUUUCGUUCAUUGGAUGAUAUAUAUUACUUCGGUGGACAACAAGCCUCACCAUAUGAAGUAUUAAUAUCAAGCAAAGAACAUGGUUUAUCUCCUGGUGAUUUAGUCCACUUCCAUGGUAAUCAUUGGAAUGGUUACGCAAAGGUUGAAAAAUUGAAUACUAAUCGUAAAGUAAUGGCACCAGCAUUUAAAUUCUCUCCAAGAUUAAUAACUGCUCCUAUGAUCGGUGCACAUGGAAAUCGGUCUGAAUUUAUUAUUGAUUAUAAAUAAUUGUAUUUUUCUAAAUAGGAAGAUUAUUUCGUUCAUGUUUUUCUUCUUUCCUUUGUACCACUAACUUACUGAUUUAUGGUUUUAUAUUUGAAAGACAUCGAACCUCAUUUUUUUAUUGUAGAGUCAAUGCUCUCAGCUAAAGACUUUACAGAUCAAGUUGAAGUUGAUCUACAUAUAUAUGGCAAGUAUUGUGGAGCGUAUGCUUUUCUGACUUCAUUGUAUACACGCAAAUGUUUAUACACAUAUCCUGUGGUCUUGAUGUGAUAUAUAUUGACUGCACAAUUGUAUGAUUGGUGUUUGUUUGUUGUUUUUUUUGUGUAUCGUUUAUUCCAUGUGUUGUAGUGUAGUGUAGUGUGGUGUGUAAUUUGUAAAAUAUGACAUAUCGAAUGAAUGAGUUAUUGUUUGUUGCUUUAGAUAGUGAUGUGGAGUACCAACAACAGAUAGCCUUUUAUCUUUAGAAAGAAGCUUGAAUUUCAAAUAUCACCAAGUUCCACUGGUGGGAUCCAAACAGUAAUUAUUUGACAUUAUAAACGAAAAACAUGUAUUUGUAAAAUGUCAGCGAAUGAAUUUGAAGUAAUAGAUCAAACGUUUCUCCUGGCAAUCUGGUCCAAUCCUUUCAAGGAGAUAUAAUCAAGCAUCAAAUCUAUCAAAUAGAAAUAGAAAUAAGUACAUAGUUCUCUGGUUAACUGUAUGCUAAAUAAGUCAUCCAAUCAACCUUAACAAUGUUUAUUUUAAUGUGCAAAAGACAUUUGGUGUGAAGUGAAAAGUGUGUUAACCUAACAGAUUGUGUGUAUUCGUACGUGGUAUGAGAAGAGAUCUCAUUCACUAUAUAUUAUUGCCUGUGAUCGGUGAGUUUUUAAGAAACACAUAAAUAUGAUAUAAAUCAAAAAUAUGUCACAACAUGCAUAAAAUGAAAAUAAAUAAACAAAAUAAAAAAUAAAGGACAAACAGAUGACCAUCAGGACUCAAUAACUAAGUGGAUAACGUGAUGGCUUUUGAAGCGAACGGUACUGGGUUCGAGUUCUAUAGUGAACAUCAACUCUAGCUGACAAGUCCCAAAUAAGAUGGAAGAUGCGUCCUAGAUUCCACUAUCCAUCUUUGCUUAGAGUUAAGACAAUCCGCACAUGUGCCAGUAAGAGACUGAUGAAUUGCUGUCCUAAACAACAAUGGGAAGAUACAAGCAAACAACAUCAAGUGAAUUUGAAGGAAUAAAUGUUUGUGUCAUUUUUAUUUUUCUAGUUAAUUGUUUAAUAUAAGACAACUGACUAGAACAGUUUGUAUUUGUUGUUAUUCAGAAAAUGAAUGGUGUAUUAAAUGAAAUAGGGCGUUCAGGUUUACUUAUCAGUUAUUAUUUUCCAUGGAAUAGCCAAUUGUAUUCCAUCUCUCCUAUUAGUACUAUUUGGAUUUGCCCAUAUAUGUAGGGCUUCGACUAUUAGUCUUUCUUUGUAAGAAUUAAAACCUUUUCGAAGGAUUGUGUCAUUGAAAUCAACUGUAUGAC